GGAGGGGAUUGGAACACCUGAAUCACAUGAUAUGGAGGGGAUGGGAACACCUGCAUCACAUGAUAUGGAGGGGAUUGGAGCACCCGAGUCACAUGAUAUGGAGGGGAUUGGAACACCUGAAUCACAUGAUUUGGAUGGGAUUGGGACACCUGAAUCACAUGAUAUGGAGGGGAUUGGAACACCUGAAUCACAUGAUAUGGAGGGGAUUGGAACACCUGAAUCACAUGAUUUGGAUGGGAUUGGGACACUUGAAUCACAUGAUUGGAGGGGAUUGGAACACCUGAAUCACAUGAUAUGGAGGGGAUUGGAACACCUGAAUCACAUGAUAUGGAGGGGAUUGGAACACCUGAAUCACAUGAUUGGAGGGGAUUGGAACACCUGAAUCACAUGAUAUGGAUGGGGAUUGGAAACACCUGAAUCACAUGAUAUGGAGGGGACUGGAACACCUGAAUCACAUGAUAUGGAGGGGAUUGGAACACCUGAGUCACAUGAUAUGGAGGGGAUUGGAACACCUGAAUCACAUGAUAUGGAGGGGAUUGGAGCACCUGAAUCACAUGAUAUGGAGG